CAGAGGGAGAAGCAGGCUCCCCACAAAGAGCCUGAUGCGAGACUGGAUCCCAGAUCCCAGGAUCAGGACCUGAGCCGAAGGCAGACACCCAACCGCUGAGCCAUCCAGGCGUCCCUGAAGUCCAAGGUUCAAAGGGCUGUGGUGACUCACUUUGCACCUGGAAGGUGGAGACUGGGUGGAGGUUAGUGGGCGGAUCUGUGGCUGGAGGGAGAAUCCUCCAGCCCAGAGUCCAGCUCCAACAAGGUGAGAGAGAGGAGAGGUGGAGGGAGGGAGCACCCAGACGCUGACUUGGGGGGACAGACAGACAUACAAAGCACAAGAGAGACAGACACACAUGAAGGAGAAAGACAAAGAAGGGGCCAAUGGAGAAGAGGAAAAAGAAGAUAGACACAGGGUCAAUUACAGAUGGACCCAGAAAACACAAGUGACGGCGAUUCGGAGGCAGAGAGGCCAGCCCUCAGAGAACGAAGACAGACAGGACCCUGGGCUGGGACCAGAGAAAGCCUGGGUGGUGGGCAGGGUGCCCGUGUGGCCUCUCUGGACCAUCCUCCUGCUGGUACGGCCCUUGGGAAGCCUAGGAUCACCCCUCUGUCCUCGGGAGCCUUUCUACUUCUUAAUUGCCAUCAUGAAGAUGCUGGGAAACAAAAAUGAUGGCACUCUUUACACCCCAGAUGACCUUUCGGUGUGUCCUGCUGAGACUCUGGGGUGCUUCCGGCUGGAGCUGUCUGUGAUCCAGUUCGAAGAGGGCCCAUCCUUGGGGAUUGCGGUGUUCCGGCUACAGCGUCUGCUGGAUGCCCUGGGGUCUCGGCUGUGGGUGACUGGCCAGGGCCCUUGUCCACCCUGCGAAGGACAUCCUCAGAGACCUGUCCCUCUCUUUCUGUCCAAACUCUUAGAGUUAUUACAGGGGGCUUGUGCUCAGCACCUGCCCUCAGCAUGAGCCUGGGAAGACACAGACUCCCUGGAACUGCUGGAGAGGCUGGGUGGAGAGAGGGAGAGAGGACUUGGGUUUCUAGCCCCAGUUCCCAGUCCUAAGCCUUCUUCUAGGCCAGAGGACCCCAUCUGGAACCCAAGGAGCCAAGGGGGAGAGGAGAGAAGGAAAAUAAGAUCUGAAACCUGAAGUCUCUGACCUCCUGGGAUGGGGGUGGGUAGAUAAAUCGGCUCUCACCUGCCUCUGCUCUCCCUCUCAGAUACUCCCUCCUCUCUCUUCUGGGAAAGGACAGAAUUGCACAGAUUUCUUCUAACCUAAUCCCACCCCUAGAGGACAGACAGAGAGAGGCUUGUGCCUCAAGUCCCUGAAAACAAAUAAUUACCACCUGGAGAGUUUUGAAAUAAUACUGAUGUCAAGGCCCCAACCCAGAGAUUUUGAUAAUUGGUCUCUGGUGGAUCCUGAACAUCCAUAGUUUCAAAAUCAACUUCAUUGAGGUGUAGUUUAUGUACCGUAAAAAGCAUACAUUUCAAGUGGAUAUUUCAUUGAGUUCGGACAAAUGUAUACACACAGCCACAUUUCCAUCACCCCAAAGCAUCCUUCAUGCCCCUUCCCAGUUAAUCUUCACCUCCAGUCGUAGACACCCACCAGUCUGCUUUCUCUCUGGAUCAAUUUUGCUUUCUCUAGGGUUUCAUAUGAAUGGAAUUGUACUAUGUAUAUAUAUAUUUACAUAUA